AUGGGGAUCGAGGAGAUUGCAGUAGUGGACCAGUACACAUACCUCGGAGUAGAGAAAGACUGCUCGUGGAAUGCACACACGUCCAAGGUAGCCGAAAUAGGCAAAGCACGAGCAGGGAAGCUGCACCCAAUACUCGCAAACCGGCACCUUGAUACACGCAUCAAAUUGACGGUUUUGAAUAGCGUAAUCGUACCGCCGCUAGAGUACGCCGGAGAAGUAUGGGAAGGAAAUAAGAAGAAGAAGAAGAAGAAGGUAGUGAAAGAACUCGAGGCGGCGCAGAUGCAAGCAGCGAAAACCGUCCUAGGAUGCUCCAGGCGCACAAGUAAUGCAGCCGUGAGGGCAGAAUUGGGGAUCCAAUCCCUACGGUCGGCAAGAGACGCGAGGAAGCUGACCUGGCAGUAUCGCAUGUGCGGGAUGGGAGAGGAGAGGUUGCCGAGAAUUGUAUGGGAGGCGAAGUGGGCAAAUAAAAAGAGGGAAUUGGGGAUCCAAUCCCUACGGUCGGGAAGAGACGCGAGGAAGCUGACCUGGCAGUAUCGCAUGUGCGGUAUGGGAGAGGAGAGGUUGCCGAGGAUUGUAUGGGAGGCGAAGUGGGCAAACAAAAAGAGGGGUAGACAACCCACGGAAUGGGUCAAGGUUGUAGAGGACGUAUGGAAGGGGCUAGACAUCGACGAAAAUGAAACGCUGGAAACGGAGGGUCCACAGGAGUUCAAGGACAACAUAUCUGUUGCUUGUGCCGAGAGAGAAGAACAGAAUCUGAGGAAAGAA